UGGGUAGGCAAGUGUGUGUGACUUAUGUCCCACUGCAAAGGAGAAGCCAUAGCAUAGUGCUGUGCCGGUCCUGGGAAUCGGAGCUUGUGAAUUAACUUAUUUAUGCGAACAGUGUACCGGCCCCAUGUCGCUGUAUAGUGUGUUGAAGAAGCAUAUGCAAGUUGCUCCCUCCCCCAAGGGCUAAUAGUUUCCCUCAGGUGAUGCCAAGAGUACUUUUAAGUACUUUAGAGAUUCGUUUGCUGACAAGGCAUUUAUAUUACGUUUAUUGAGGGUUAUUUCUUUGUCAUUUCUAAAAAACCUAACCCCUCCAAGGAGUCCAACAUGGAAGAGUUUAAAGAUGCAAGUCCACCUGAAGAAUUACUUGAUCACUUAAAGCUUUCUGAUCAGAAGUCUUCAGAGACUGGCCCCAAAGAUGCACAGAAUCCCAAAAACAUUGAAGGUGGAUAUACACCAUCCUCAGCCAAAGAUCCCACAACAGCAGAUGAGUGUUUCCAUGACUGUCACGACUCCUUUGAGGCAAAAGAACCUAUGCUGGAUGAUGAAGGGAAUUUACGGAAUGAUGAGAAUAGCUCAAGGAAGCAGACAGAACUAGAUGAAGAAUACUUACUAGAACUAGAAAAAGAUAUGCCAGAAGAAGAAAAACAGAAAAGAAGAAAGGAGAGCACAACACUGAAGGAGAAAGGAAAUGAGCAGUUCAAGAAAGGAGACUAUGGAGAGGCGGAAGACUCUUACACGAAGGCUCUACAGAUUUGUCCAGCCUGCUUCCAAAAAGAUAGGGCUGUUUUGUUUUCAAACAGAGCUGCUGCAAAAAUGAAACAGGACAAGAUGGAAGCUGCCCUAAGUGACUGCAGCAAAGCAGUGGAAUUAGAUCCUAACUAUAUUAGAGCUUUGCUGAGGAGAGCAGAACUAUAUGAAAAAACAGAAAAACUAGAUGAAGCUCUGGAAGAUUAUAAGGCAGUCCUAGAAAAAGACUCAUCAGUUCAUCAAGCCAGAGAAGCUUGCAUGCGAUUACCUAGACAAAUUGAAGAACGGAAUGAAAAAUUAAAGAAAGAAAUGUUAGGCAAACUGAAGGAUCUUGGGAAUUUGGUUCUCCGCCCCUUUGGCCUGUCAACAGAAAAUUUCCAGAUAAAACAGGAUUCAUCAACCGGUUCAUACUCCAUCAAUUUUGUUCAAAAUCCAAACAACAAUAGAUAACAUUAAUUCAAUCUAGUUCUGCUGGCUUUCAGGCUUCGUGACCGUGUGCUUGCACGUACCAAUAAAAGGAUUCAGCAAACAUUCUUCACGCUCCCCAAGUGAAGAUAAGACUCAAGCAUAUUCAUUUCCCUGCUUGUGAAAUUAUUUACAAUGUAAAGCAAGUCAUUUGACUUCUCUUAGUGAUAACAGUGUCCAGUGUGUGUUUGGGGUUUUUUGGGUGUUUUUUUUACAUUUUCUUUUCUUCCCUUGUGGUGUUUGGCUUGUCCAACAGUCAGGUUCAUUAUUUUGGUCCAUUCAAUGCUGGCAACAAAAUUCUAGCAGCAAUUCAGUUGAAUCAAAAUGCCCACGCACCUAUAGCCAAGAACUAAGCCUAAUGCUGUCUUGGAGAAUUAAUGAAUCUAGCAGCCGCACUUCUCCACACUCAGCAGGUGGAUAUGACUGACAGCAUGCAUGGAAGCAAGCCAACCUCUUCUGUGGAAUAAUUUUUCUUUGUAAUAAAGGCUUGGUAUUUCUGGCGGUUUGGUUUGUGAAGUUCUUGCCUUAUUUCAGUCCUUCCCAUGGUGGUAUUGUUUUUAAAAGUGCUUAUAGCCACCCACAAACAACAUACUUGCAAGACAUUAAUUUGAAGCAUUUGAUUUUUUUUCUCUUGCUUGUAGCAAUAUCAGUAAUUAACCUCAGGCCACUCUUACACCACAGUUUGUUUACUUUUUAUUAAUUUUUCUGAAGGUAAGAAGGAAAUUUUGUGCCUCUGUGUGUGUUGAGAGAGAGAGAGAGAGAGAGAAAGAGAGAGAGAGAGAGACCCAGAAUGGCAAACAAAUAAGUGAUGUUAAAGUUGAUUGUGAAAGAUCUUCAUAGUGUACUAGACCUUGAAGAAUUUGAAGUAUCUAUCUACCUAUAUAUAUAGGUGCUGUUGAAGUAGUUCAUUCAGAUUUUGGAGCAGGAGUGUCUUUUGUAAUUAUUACUUACUGUUUUGUCUAUUGAUGCUGAAAUGUUUACAUCAGAGGCAGGUUUUUCAGUUGUCUCCAUGCAGAUUUCAAUACACGAUUCAUUAAAUAAUUAGUGGUGGCUGUCUGUUGGCUAUUAGUUGUCAUCUUAAAUUUAUUUCAGGAAGUCUCUUUGUGUGUACUGAAGGACUUAAAUUAUAGAGCUCCAGUCUUUACACUGAUAUGCCUGAAAGGAAUAGUCUCUCAAGCUAAGUUGUUCUUGGUGCUUUAUUUUCAUUUUGUUGCUGCAGCUGUGGAGGGGUUUUUUGAUUGUUGUUUAACUCUGUCCUGCUGCAUUUUUAGUUUUGACUUUGUGGUUACCUGUCCGUCUGUAAACUAUCUCAAGUCUGCAGUGAGUGUGUGUUACGUAACUCUAUGGGAGUUAAAAUGUCAUUGUCAAAAGAAGAGAGAAGCCCUAAUUCACAGUGAGCCUUUAACAUCUUCUGCAUAAUUAAAAUGUCACUUAAGUAAAUAACAGCAAACAACUUCUAGGAUUUCCACGUGCUGAAACUGUAACUAUGCCAAGCUUUACUGGAGUAAAGUUUCUAAUGUGCAA